AUGAGUUCUCCACAACACACCGUAGAAGUUGAGUCGCAUCCGACAAGGACUUCGAAACGAAUGGACAGCUUAUUAGAACUCAGCAACAAGCGUAUGAAAUUGGAGGGUGAAGAGGAGUUGGGAGCAUAUGUCGUCGUGGGUGAAGAAGAGGUGCUCGACGAGGUUGUAGAAGGAGCUGAAGCUGAGCAGCUAGUUGAAGAAGCGGUUCUGAGUGGUGCUCUUGGCGGUAUCGAUGAAGGUGUAUCACUUCUUGACACCAAUUCUGAUGGAGGAACUCGUGACGUGGAAAUGACAGAAAGCAGACGGAAAGCGAGAUUAAAACGAAUGAUGCAGCAGAAGGUGGAUUUGAUGGCAGACGAUGAGACGAUGGAACUUAUGGAGACCGGCCUAACCCAGGUUGUGGAGCAACUGAAAGAUCCAAAUUUAGUUUUACAUCCACGCCGAUCUGCUCGUCUUCCAAAGCCGUUGCCUCAAGACUCUUCAUGA